AUGAACACUCUAAAUAAUGACAGCAUUCUGCAGGAUUAUAAAAAACCUGCCGAAGACUUAAAAAAAUAUACAAAUCCAGUGUUUAGGUUGAACUUGAAGAAGGGUAUUAGAAAUUGCAAAAAAAUUAAUUCUGCUAAUCGAAUAAGCAAAGAUGACUCAUUAUAUAAUGUCAGAUACGAUGAAAAUAAAAUUUUUUCAAAUACUAACGACUUUGAUGUGAAUUUAUGCUCGACAGACACGACAGUUAUAUGCAAUUCAAAAACUCAUCAUAGUAACUUCAGUAGCCAUAGAACCCAAUGUAAGAACAAUAAUUGUACAACAGAUAAGGGAAUGAAUAAAUUAGCAAAAGACAAACAAAAAAUUAACAUUUUCAGCUUGAAUGAAGAUAAUUUAUAUAUAAAAAGCAGUUUUUUAAAGAAUAAUGGAGCAGUCAAAUAUGGGAUCAAUUUAAAUAAAUCUCUCGAUAAAAUAAGUAAGAUAAGAGUUAUGCAAAAGUUUAGAAGAAACAUUCACAUCCACAGCAAUGAAAAAAUGCGCCAUAGAAAUAUAUCCCUAGAACAUCCUAGCCUUUUUGAUAAAUACACUACAGGUAUCACUAAUUAUAGCACUACGAAAAAUAACAACAAUGUCAAACUAAACAAAUUUCAUUACAACAAAUUAGGAAGUGCAAAUAAACAUGAUACAGCAUUAAGGGUAGAUAAAGUAAAUGCAAACUCUUCUAAAAGUAAUUUAUAUGAUGAUGUCCCCAAAAAUAUAUAUAAAAAUUAUAUAAAUGAUAUAUUGAAAGGUAAUGAAAACACAAAUUUUAAUUUUCUUAAAAGUAAUAAAAUUAAAAACAGACAAAACGUAAUUCCCAAUACUACAAAUUAUGUGGAUACAAAACACAAAAACAAAUUAGACGAGAAAACAAAAUUCUUAUUUAACUUCUCUCAUGUUAAUAAUCCUGAAAACUCUAAAAAGAUAAGUAACAUUCAUUCGAAUAGUAAUUCUGAUUAUGACAAAGGCAAUUAUGACAAAAUAAUAAAAAAAAAAAUUCUAAACCUGACUUCUAACAGUCCGGUAUUCAAAAAGAGAAAUUUUUUAACAAAAAGCAAAUUAAUCAUUGAAAUGAAUAAAGAAAAGAAUUAUCUUAACAUUUCACAACAUUUAAGCAACUACAUACAGGAUGAAAGAAACAAGAAAAAUGAAUACAACAUAACUGAAAUUACAGAAAGAAACCAUAUGAUAAAUCAAAAUAAAAGUACCAAUUCCACGGAUUCCAUUUUGUAUUUCACGAAUGAAUAUAAAGAAAAAAAACAGUGUCUUCAAAGUUCGCAUAAAUUUAGUGAGUUCCUAAAGAACAAUCCUAAGGAAAAUAUAAAGCAGCAUAUCAACAAUUUCAACUUAAGACACUCAUUUGAUAUUAGCAGAAACAGUAACCUACGUAUAAAUAAUGUAUACACAAAAAAUAAUUAUUUUAAAAAAAAAGUGCAAAAUAAAAACACGAAAUUAAAAAUGUACGAAAAUUUCCUAGACUUUGAAAAGGAAUUAAACCGUAAAAGGAGCGUAGAAAAUUCUUUAAAAAAAAUCAAUGAAAAAAAAGUAAUGGUAUUUUCUGAAAACAAUUGUAAACAAGAACAUAAUUCACAUCCUCUAAUUGAAAAAAAAAAGAAUAAUGUAAAACACACACUUAAAAACAUGUUCGAAAAAACUGAUGUUGUGCAAGAUGUGUUAUUGAACAAAUGUACCAGCAGUAACAAAAAACAAGAAGUAAAUAAGGGUAAUACAUAUGUAAUAAAUAUCCCAAUGAAUUUUAAAUUAAAAAAAGGAAAUGUUAAAUGUCAUAAAAAAAAUACUGAAUACACAUCUAUUGAAAGAGAACAAAGCUACAAAAACCCACUAUUAACUAACCACUAUAAUAAUAUCAAAAAUAUAGAGAACAAAAAAAAGCACAAUCAUCCAAAUUCUAAUAAUAAAUCAGAAAUAUUUGAUAAAAAUGAAUUUCUCGAUUCCUUCUUGAAAAAGGAGAUUAAUGAUGAUAAAAAUAUGCAAGUUGAAAAUUUAUUUAAUUCAUAUAUAGGCAAAACCAUGAACGAGGAACCAUGUGAAUAUAACAGACAGGCAUGUGUUGAAAAAUUAGACCGAAAAAUUAAUACUUCAUAUGAUAAAGGAUGUGUUAAAUUACAAUCCUGUAAAAAUCAUACGUACAAUAAAAAGCAUGACGACGUUGAUUCAAGAUCCCAUUUGAGUACCAAUAUGGAUGUGUAUAACAAAAGUGUUUGUGUGAGCGAACAACUGAAUAGACAAAUGGAAGAAUUAAAAACACAAAAUGAUAUUGGAGUUAAUGAAGACCAAGUUUCUCAAAUAUUAACAAAUUGUACUCAAAAUUUUAGCAGUAAUGAGGAUAAUAACGAACACAACAAAAAUAUUAAUGUAAAAAUCGGUUGCGAUGUCGGUACAAAUACACUUCAAAUAUAUGAUUCGUACAAAGUGCAUGACAAGGAAAGUAUAGAUCAACAAAUCCUUAAUCAAACUAUUUUUGAACAACACAUAAAGGAAGAAGAAUGCUUUAAUAGCAAAAAUGAAAUAUGUAAAAGUAUUAGCAAAAAAGAACAAUUCAAUUUGCCCCUUAAUUGGGAAUGUUUUAAAGAUAUAUUUAACAGUGACACAAAUAAUGAUACCAUUUUAAAAAACUUUGUACAAAAUGAUACCCCUAAAUUAGCUUCAUUAAACGGAUUAAGUGAAAUUCAAAAUGAUAGCAUAAAUGAAAAUACAAUAAAUAAAUCUUUUCAUGAGGAAAAUAAUAAUGAAACACAAGUUAACGAAUGUGACAUACAUUCUAGUGAUAACGAUAAAGGGAAAUGUACAGAAAUAAAAUGUAAUGCCACACAAAAUGAGUCGAAUUAUGGGGAAAAUAAAUAUUCCAAUACAAAAAACGAAAACAUAAAUAAGGAUGAAAAAGGGAGAAAGGUAUAUGAACAAUGUGAUGAGAAAAUUAUCAAAAAGGAACAAGAAAAAAAGGAUGAAUACUUAGAAAGGGAAUAUUUCUCAAACAUUUCAGAAAAUAAAAGUAGUACACACGAAUGUGAAAAAGAAAAAGAUAAAAUGGACAGCGAUGAAAUAAUAAGUGACAUUAAUGCUAUAACAUUAGACAAAAAAAAUGAACACAAUUCCUUAUCUAACAAUAGUAAUUCUGAACUCUUUAAUGCUUCCAUGCACGAUGAUGGAAAAAAUAUAGGAGAUGAUACAAACAUUAAAGAGCAAAAUAGGACGAACGAAACUGAGUUAUUAAAUAAUGAAAAAAAAAUAGAAAAUGAAGAACUAAAUAUAAAAAGUAUUCUUUCCCUCUUCGAAAUAGGAAACGAUAAUACAAAAGAUAUCGUAAAUAAGGAAAAGGAAAAGGAAAGCACGCCUCAAAAUGGUUGUAGCACAAUUAGGAAGGACUCUGAAAGUGCCAAUAGCAACAAUGAUUCUUCAAAUAAUCAUAACAAUCCGGAGCAAAAGUGUUACGUGUUACAGGGAGCAAUACAUAUGAAUAAUCAUGAAAAAAGAGAAGACGAAAUUUUUAUGUACAAACAAAACAACCAAAUGCAAUCAGAAAGCAAAAAGGAGGGACAAAUUGAUGACACCACUAAUAAUGUAAAUAUACUAAAUGGUGACACCACUAAUAAUACAAGCACACAAAAUGAUGACACAACUAAUAAUGUAAAUAUACAAAAUAAUGACACAACUAAUAAUGUAAAUAUACAAAAUGAUGACACAACUAAUAAUGUAAAUAUACAAAAUAAUGACACAACUAAUAAUGUAAAUAUACAAAAUAAUGACACAACUAAUAAUGUAAAUAUACAAAAUAAUGACAGCACUAAUAAUACAAGCACACAAAAUAAUGACACAACUAAUAAUGUAAAUAUACAAAAUAAUGACACCACUAAAAAUACAAACACACAAAAUGAUGACAACACAAAUUAUGAGUAUACGAAUGAUCCUAAUCGAGAUGAAAAAGUACAAGUAGUCCAUAAUGUACACGAUAGAAAAACACUAAACAAAGAACUUUCUUAUGAAGAUAAGGAAUAUGAAAAACAUAAUAUAUAUGAUAAAAAAGGAGAAAUGGUUUCAGAAAAAUAUGACAAAAACGUCCUAUCCAUUGCCCAACAGGAGGAUGAUAAGAAUGAUAAAAUUCAUUCCAUAAAAAACAAUAAAAACAACAACUCUGAGUCCAUAAGUGAAGAUUAUGAUACAUUCCGUGACCAAGAUAAUGGAGUAUUUCAUCAUAUGGAGGACAGUAAAAAUGAUCAUAUUGAAGCAAAUAUUGACACAAAGGACAUUAUUAAUUUUAAUGAAACGUUAAAGAAUGAGGAUUUGAAAGAAAAUAAUAUUCAAUUAGGAAUUAUAAUUUCGGAAAAUGAUUCCAAUAAGCCUUUCCACAAUUUAAAAAACUCUUACAAUAACAAUGACAUUUUAACACAUAUUAUGGAAACAUCAGAAUUAACUCAAAAUAUAAAUAAAAAGAAUGAACUGGAAAAGGAAAAAGAACAAUUUGAUAAAGAAGCAGAAUACUCUUUUUUUCAACGUUUUAGCACACAUAAAUUACAAUCUAAUGGUUUUGAAAAAGGAGUGCUACCCGACAACAAUCAUUUGAAGGAUGUACAGAAAAGGGGAGACAACUUUAACAAAAAAAUUUUACGCACAGAAUUAAACCAAAAUAAAAAAUAUGAGAUAAUAAAAGGUUUUAGUUCUCAAUGUGUGGAAAUAAACAAACACAAUUUAUUUAAACAUUUAAAUAUCAGUGAAGACAGAUUACACUAUAUUAACUCUAUCUAUGAUUCUUUUGAUUAUUAUAACAGAACAGAUGAAAAAAAAUGGAAAAAUGUACAUGAAAAUGAAAUUAACAUAGGUGUAAAUAAAAGCAUUGAAAAAAAUAAGGCAAAAGGUGAGGAAAAUCAUUCAUCAAAAAAUGAUAUGUGUAAAACACAUUUUGAAGAAAAUCCAAAACCAGCGUUUAAUCUAGAUUUAAAUGAAAAGGAAGGCACUAAAAAUGCAUGUCCAGAUAUAACCAUCUUUGAGAAAAAGGAAACAAUUCAUCAGAACAAAAGUAAUACUCUUAGAACAACAAAUAUUAUUGAUGAUAUGAUACAUGAAAAAAUAGGUAACGAAAUAGAAAGUAAUAAGCAUAGUGAAUCGAUUACUUUGUGCGAAAAAUCCAGCUACACUUUCAACCAUAAUACUGAUCAAAAUUCCUCCGAUGAUAUAGUGAAAGUAGUGAAUGAAAAAAAUAUCCAAACAGAAAACAAGUAUUCACAACCCUCUAAUGAAAAUGAUGAAAGGGAUAAUGACUGUAAUAAUGAUUACAACCUUGAUUAUUAUGAUGAGGAAGCAGAGGAGGAAAAUAUUUGCUACGAAGACAUUAAAAGAAAUGUAUGGCUACAAAAUGCAAAUCUUCAUAAAAAUAGAAUUCAACACAUUCAGACGGAGUCAUUUAAGUGCAUUCUUCUAUUUUGCUAUUUGCACAAAAUAAAAUAUUUUCAAGGCAUGCAUGAUAUGAUCAUAAGUCUAUUUUAUUUAAAUUUACAACCACACGAAAUUCUCUGCGUUUUUGAAAAAAUAUUACAUUAUUAUGCCCCAUAUUUGUAUUUACAAAAUAGUUAUAACUAUAGAUCCACAUUAACCAAUGUAAUCCUUGAAAAGGAAACAAUCAACUCUGUUAUAUCAGAUAUAACUAUGCAAAUAUGUAAUUAUAAUGGAAAAUUAUUUCGUCUAUUGUUUCAAUUUUUUUUCCCACACAUUAGUCAUUACUUCGAUAUAACAAUCAAUGACACAUGGCCAUCUUUUUUUUUCGUUAAUCUAAACUUUAGUAAAUUCAAUAAUGUGUCAUGCUUGUUAUAUAUAUGGAUGAGAUUAAUUGAAAUAAAAAAUGAAAUGAAUGGGGUAACUUGUGAUUUUAUUCUUUUUUUAUUAUCCUUCUUUAUGCACAAAUUAGAAAUCGCGAAGAAAAAAUUUUAUGAAAAAACAGAUGAAUAUUGUACUAUGAAUAGAAAUUACACAUGCAUACCACCCAGCGAAGAGGUUCAAAGGGGAGAGACGUAUACAGCAGAACAAUUAGUAAAAUAUACUCAUCCUCUAGCAAAUCAGGUGCAGAUAAUUACACCGAAUGUAGAAAAAAAUUAUCAUAUGAAUGAAGAAAAAAUGCAUGCAACGCAGAACCAAGGAAACAAAGACGUGGACAACGAAAAUGUUUGUGUAAAAAAAUCAUGCACAGAAACCAAAAAAGAAUCUCAAGAACAAAUAAAUGGAAUUUGUGGAAAUGAAAAAGAGCAGACAAAGCGUCAAAAUAACGAAAUUAAAGAAAUACAUGAAGAAGAGGAAGAAAAAAAAAAAAAAAAAAAACAGACUUUUAGAAAAAAAAAAUUAUCCAUGUAUUGCACAGAAAUGUUUUCCCUAUUUUUUGAAUUUAGUUCAUCCUUUGAUGAACAUUUUGGUGAUAGGUACAAAACACACAUAGAUGAAAUCAUGAUGAAUAUAUCAAAAAUUAAACAGUUCGUUCCUGUAAGCUUUUUAGAUUUUAUAGUGAAUUAUAAUUCUGCAUACCAAAAAAAGGAUCACUUGGAAAACCCUGAAAGAUGCAACGAAAACGGAUGUCUAUCAAAUGAUUUAGCAAAACAAGUACAUGAUAAUUUAUGUUUACGUAUAAAAUUGUCCGAUUUGUUAUUUAUUCAUAAUACUAAAAAGUGUUAUCAAUUUAUUUUCUUCCGAUUAGUAAAACAUCAAAUAAUUUUAAGCAAGUUGAAGUUUAUUAAUUCGGCCAGCUUAGUCAUAGAAGAUUUUUCAUAUUUUAAAAAUGUAGACGAUUUCUUGAAUUAUAAGAAAAAACUGAAACAUUUUCAUUGUAACAAUAAAAAAGUACUAUACAUCAUGAUCCAAUACAAAGAUGAAAAUGAUACACAAUUGAAUGAUAGGGAUAUGAAACAGAAUAUUAACAAUGUGAAUGGAAGCAAGGAAAAAAUUUCAGGUAAUGAUGAAAAUAUAAAUAAAAAAAAGUGCUUGAACAAAGUUUUUUUCAAAAGAAAUAAUAAAGAAUAUAAUACUGGCAAUGAAAAUACAUGUGAAUCUCAACUAUAUAACAUUCAUGUGAAUAACUUCAUAACAACCUUAAUAAAGAAUAAUUUUAAGCGCUUAACUAUACUAGAUGAGCAUUCAGACAUUGUCCACAUAAGCAAUGAGAAGAAUAUAGCUGAAGAAGAAUUAAACGGUGAUAACUUACCAUUAAAAGAAAAGAGUUUUCUAUUUCAAAUGUUCGAUAAAGUCAAAAAUAAGAUAUACGAAAAUAUUGGAAAAGAUAAUGAGGUUAAUAAAAAUACAUCUCUAAAAAUUGAUUCUAUUCAAAAUAAAAAUUUAAAGUUAGCUUUAAAAGAAUAUAAUUUUAAAAUGUUCAGCGAUAGAAAGAUAAAAAAAAAAAUAAAUUGCAAGAAUAAAAAAAUAUUUGUGUAUUCAAAAAAUAUUAUGAGAAAAAGAAAAAAUCAAAAAUCAAGAAAUAAACUAGUAAAUGAAGCUCAAAUUUUAUCAUCAGGACAGCUACGAAAAAAAACAGACACAAGGGUUUCUUUUUCUAUUGUGGAUUAUGAUGAACAUAAUGUAACAAGUGGUUCAUUAAAUAAUUUGAGAAGUAAAAAUAGAACCAACCUUAACUAUAGCAUAUAUGAAAAAUGGCAACUUAAUCACGUCAUUAAUAAUCCAUGUAUGAGGAACAGUUUUGUACUUAAAAAAGGUACACAGCAAAAGCACAAGAAAAAGAUCCUUGGAAUUUCAAAAAAAAGAGAAAUAAAUUUAGUGAAAAGCAAAAUAUACAAUAGUAUAUUGCCUCUACACAAUAAAAUUAAUGAAUCUAAUAAAAGUAGCACAAAAGUACAUACAUUCAAAAAUAAUUAUAACAAAAAAAAAAAAACUAUCUUUAUAAAUAAGCAACAAAUUGAUGAGUACAUUAACGAAAGAGAAAGGAAAACUAUACAUAAAGGGGAAAAAAUGAACUUUUUGGAGUUUCAAGAGAGAUUAUUGAAUGAUUUGCUCUCAGAAACAGUAUCAAAAAAGAUAGACAAGGUCUUAUGA